UCCGCCCGUGACCUACGGCCGCGCUGGGCGUUCCGGCCGUGUGGGGCGUUCGAGCCCCGGUCCUGGCGAUGCUGCCCGGGGCGGCCGCUCCCCUCGGCCGCUCGGGUACCGCUGGGCCGCCCGUGCCAUGACCCGACCGCUCGGCGAGGGGCUGCCGUCUCCGGGCCCUCCGUUCGCCAUGUCCCGCCGCCAUGUUACGCCGGCGGCCGCGGGCAGAGAGGCGGCCCAGGGCUGCAGAAACCAGAUGAUUACGGCGUUCUUCAAACCAGUUUUAAGUCAAGACCGUGGCCAUAAAGACAGAACUGUGCUGUCCUCACCAGACAAAGGAAAUGUAAAAGAUGAAGGAGUGGGACUGUCAGUUUUACGCACUGAAGGUUUUAAAAGGAAUUCAUCUUCUCCAAAGAAGGUCAGAAGAAAAAGAUGCCAGACCAAACACCAAAUAAGUCCUGUAGGAAAUGGAUGUUCUAUAAGAAAAAUAAUGUCUUUUAGUUCAAGGGAGAUUGCCUCAGAUGACCCAACUCAACCAAGGCUAACACAAGUUUUAGAACAUGAGGCAUCUUCUCCACAUGCAUUUAGAGCAUCAUCUGAAAUGGCUUCUGGUGCUCCAAAGAGCCCAGCUGUUCCUUCACACUUCCUCAAGGUGUCCUUUGGGAUAUCCAAACCAAGAGACUCUUCUGGGAAGAGAAAACACACUGUCAUGAGUGUGGAUGUAGGUAGUUCAGAUCAAUCUGAAGUGAAUGACCCUGCUUUUAGUAUAUCACCUUCAAAAUGCAAAAAUAGGAGGUGUGACUUUGUAAAAAAUGUAUUUUUUAAGUCUCCUCAUGAUGAUAUUCUGCAACUCAAGGAGUCUGCUGCCCUGUCUAGGCAUGAUUUGACUCUUUCAGAGGAAUUCCUCAACUCAAGCAAUGAAAAGGAGAAAAAUAAUUACUCUACUGUAAGUUUGGCAUCUUCCUAUUCUGCACACAGUCCUGCUAAAAAUAACCACAUUUCUGUUGUGGAUACCAAAGAGAAUCAAUUGCAGCUGGCUAAUUCAUGCUUUUCCUUGGAUAAGUCCCUUCCUUUUUCUCAGGAAAAAACUACUGUGUUGCCUUCUCCCCACCACUCAACACAAACAAAAGGCACAAAAUCCCCUCUCCAGGUUGCUGGCUUAUCUCAGGUAUUGGAUAUUAGGAAAGAGCAAGAUAAAAGACCAGAAAGACAUGAAUGGAAUAAAGGAUACAGUGUUCAACCCAGCAGCACUUUUUCAAAUACAAUUAAUGAGAUUUCCGAAAAUGCUUCUGAUUAUUGUAGAAUGGAAAACUCUGGGAAGUAUGGACUGUCCCCAGAGAAUGGUAAAAGUAUUCCCCCUUUGCCUGUGAAAGAGUCUUUCAUGGACAGUGACCACAAAUCUUCAGAAACCUCAGGAGAACUAGAAGUUCAAAGGAACUUUACACCCAAGUUGAAGCUGAACAGAAAAUGGCAAAGCAGCUCUGAGAGUGAAGAUGACAUUUUGGAAUCUAUUCUAGUAGAUGAUGAUGAUGAUGAAGUAGUAUUAAUGCCACUGCAAAAAAUGCUCAGUUCAAGUCUCAAACCACAGACAAGAGCCCUGGAAGACUCUUUUGAUGGUGUUUCUCAGGACACUGUAACUCCAUUACUGAACCUUCAUCUUUCUAAGACUCCUGUUAUAAGCAAGGUGUCAUAUGUGAACAGCUUAGAUCAUCUCUUGAAGGAGAAAGAAGAAUCUAGAAGGUUAGAGGAAAUAGAGAAAAUUCUACAGGAAGACAUAGAAAGAGGGGACAAUGCUUCAGAUGGAGAAAAUGAGGACAAUGCCAGUGGAGAUGAUCUCUUGGAAGAGCACAGGGCAUUUAUAAAGAGAUGUUCAGUAAUAAGUUAUGUCAUACCUGACAAACACCCUGGAGAAGAUUUAUUUGAUUUAUCAGCUGCUGGGAAAAUCUUCACUCAACAUGACCUUGACUUGAGGAAUUUUCACUUCAUCCCUCAAAAUCAUGUAGAAUAUCUGCUUCUUAAUUCUGGUCUAACACAGCAGCUUUUUUUAGUUGUUAAUGGUGUUCUAAGUUCUGCUUACUGUGCUACAUUGUGUCCCAUACCAAUUCUAAAGUGGCUUUUCCAGAUGAUGUCUAUUCAUCCUGACCAUUGUGUUUCCACCCAGAUCUUAGGCAGAUUGAUGGAGUUAACACUAAAAAACUCUUCCAUCAAUGAUCAACAGUUUAAACCAUGGAUUCCUUCAAUAGCUGAUAUAUCAGCUGUUUUUGUCAAUAUGGGUAUUGAGUUCAGAUCUCUCUUUCCAUUGCAACAUUUUCAACCCCCCUUCAAUGAGCAUGAUAUUUUAAGUCAGGUGCAAGAAACGAUGAAUCAAAAGCAGCCAAGAGGAGAUGUAGAUAGUCCAGCGUUCCCCAAUCUACUUGAAAACAAUUUAAUUAAUGUGAUUAAGUUUCUAGUUUUCUGUACAUCAGUAAUUCAAGAUGGAUAUACCGACCAAGAAAUAUGGCUUCUGCUUAUAUUGCUAUUUAAAAUAAGCUUGGAGAAACAGUUAAAACAACAUUUUGUGGUAGAUUUUCAGUGCCUUUUUGUAAAGCUUCUGAUGAGUAUAAAAGACUGGGAUGCAAAGAUGCCUGAGCUGUGCCUGGCAGUGAGUGAACUCUCCAAUAAUCACCACAACCUCCUGUGGCUUGUUCAGCUUGUGCCCAGCUUGAUUCCACGUGGAUGGGAAGUGAAAAGACGGCUUAGCCUAGUGAUAAUUGCAAAACUUCUUCAUAAAAGGCACGAAGAAAUAUCUGAUGACAUUGAAGAGCAGAUGUUUCUUCUGCACCACUUUCUGGUGUGUAUGAAACCUUCUUAUCUACUGAAGAAGAUGAGAGAGAUGAGAAAAGGACAGGAGGAGCAUAAAGAUGAUGAAGUUCAUGCAGAACUAGAACAUGAGGUGUACUACCUAGUCUAUGUCCUACUUCAUCUAGUCAGUGAAGCCAGUUUCCUUGAUGUUGUAAAUUCUAGUCAAAGGCAACACUUACUGAAGCUUUGUCGUGCCUUAGAUAAGCACGUGAUAGGUGAUAUUCGGGAAGAUGCAAGAAGGUUUUAUCGGUCUAAGGUAAGAGGCUUGGCUGCUAGGAUAUAUGGGAAGUGGCAGGAUGUGAUACAAACCACUCGGCUUACUCAGGGAAAACUGCAUGACUUCUGGGAGCCACAUUCAUGACAUCUUGCCUAGUUGAGGGAAAGUAGCAGAAACUUAAAUCAAGGAGGAUGUAGAAUGAAUGGAGCUUCACCUUAUUUGGAAUAGAAGAAAUCAGUCAUCUAAGUUAGAACUUGAACUUGAUUCAGACAAGCACUAGACACAUGAGAAUCGGAUAUGACUAACAUGGUUUUUUACUACAAGUGCUCUACUUCUGAAAAAUUGAAAUGGAUUAACUGAAAAAAAACCCCAGCCAUUCCUAUAGCCGUGUCAGAACUGGCUAGAAAUUUUACUAUGUUGAAAGCUGAGGGAAGUUUCCUUGUUCCCCUUGUUAAUCACAAGACAUAUUUGGAAACAGUAAGUAUUUAUUUUCUUGCCAGCACAUACCUGCAAGCAUUGUUCUAGGUUGGCUGGGAAGGAACUGCCCUGUGACAUGAAAUGUGAGUUCAGAAGGAGUUAGACCUCCCCUGCUGUGAGCAGGUGAGGAAGUGGUUCAGAUGUGGGCCUGAAUCAUGGUAAUCUGCAAAGCAGAAUUGGUAUGAACAUCCAGUGUCCUGUAAAAAUACAAAAUAAAGAAGUUGCACCUUCUUUACAUGGAGAAAAAAAUAUCAUCUCAGUGGAGAUUAGAUAACAGCAUUUGGCUCACCUUUGUAAAGACUGUGAAAGCCAUAUGAUGGCUGAAUUUCUUCUUGGUGUGAAGUCCUGCUGCACACACAAUAUGUUCUCAAAGCUCCAGGAGCUGUUUAUGAAAUAAUCAGAGGAAGGUGUGAUCUCCUUUUAUGCUCUCUGUACAAAUGCUAUCACUUAAAUAUUACACUGUGGCUUGUCUAUAGGAUGGAUGUAUAUAGGAAUAAAAAGUUAAUGUAUUGGGUAGAAUGGGGAUUCCCAUAAGUGAGAUUUUUUUAUAACAUCAACAUGUGUGUUUUAUAAUACUGUUUUAAUUCUUGUAGAUUACCCUGUCUUGUAUUAAAUUCUCUGAUAAGAAUGUAAAGGAUUAAAAAACCUGCCAACCACAAAACCUUCAAAUUUAAUAAUAUGUAUUACAGAUAAAGGAACUGCUAUAGAAUGGACACAUCUUAGAGGAAAUCUAUUAGAUUUGCAAAUCCAUACUAAAUGCUUUUUCUUUCUUUUCAAGUGUUAUAUUGUUACAUCAAUGUCAUCUUUUGCUCUGAUAGCUUAUUUGCCUUCCUUCUUGUAACACUUGUUUACUCUGUUGAAUAUAUUGUAUGUAAUUUUAUUAAUGUUUUUAAUUUUUUUCACUAAUAUUGUAUAAAGGUAAUAAAUGCGGAAUGUUUAUUUAAUGUGUAUGUAUUUUCUUACUGUGUAAAGGUGAUAUUGCUGGCCUGUUUAUUUUGAACAGGUUUAGAUCAAUUUGUACUGCAGUUCAAAGCAUGUUGAAACUGCUGAGGGUUUUUCCACACAAAAUAACCACUUUGAUAUUUACUUUCAUUUAACAGAACAAUGGAAAAAUAAAACCAGAC